AUGCCUGAGGCGCAACCCACAAAGUACGAGGCUUGGUGGGAGAAACCAAGCGCUCUUGCGACCUCACACAUACUCGUGCGCCAGACACCACCACGUUCGCGCAACCAACAUCCUGUAUCCACGCAAACCCAUAGAGGCAACCCCAUACUGCGCAAGAUAAUCGCAGACAAGCGCAGAGAAAUGCACUCGGACGCCAACUUGCGUCGAGCCUGGGAAGCCCGAGACAAGACCGAGGCAGCGCUACGUCGCAAGCACGGCUUGGGCGACAUGCCCAUCAACAAAGACUUCUGGGAUUAUCCGAUAUCCGGCUACUUCAGUCGCCUUACCCACCAAAAUAACAGAGAAAUGGUGCGUUCGGCGGAGCGGCGCGCGCGCGGUAAUACAGCGCGCCCCAGACCACCGCGCAGCUCACUGUCUUACUCGGAGACGACGGACGACGUGGAAGUCGAACCGGGCUUUGAAGAGACGCUGAAAGAGAAGGAAGAGCGCGAGGAAUGGGAGCGACAAGUUCGGAAAGUAGCAGGGGAGGUUGGAUACCUCUAUUUCGUUGGCGGUGGGAACAACCUUUUGGAAACGUGGGAAGAAGAUUACGAGCGGAGUGCCGACUAUCUCAUUACGAGGAAUGAGACUCCUGUAGCGGAGACGGCGAAUGAUGGCGAUGUUCAGGAUGGGAGUGAGACGACGGAUGGUGAUGCCAACGAGGAGGACUGGGGUGAUGAAAUGGAUGUCGAUGACGCUUAG